AUGGAAGGCAAUGCCUCAGAACAGCGCCAGCGCACUGUGGAAAGGCCAUCCUUGGACCAUCCACCUAUAGAUCCCAUCGAUGAUCCCACAACAAACCACCAAGCUCCCGCCACAUCCCCUCAGAGCUUCACUCCGCGCUCACUUCUCGUCGGUCUUAUUAUUGGUGCCCUCAUCACAUUCUCGAAUACCUACUUCGGCUUGCAGACAGGAUGGAUCAGCACAAUGGCCAUGCCUUCCGCCUUGAUUGGCUUCUCGGUCUUCAAGGUUCUAUCCAAGUACCUGUCUUUCCCCUUCACACCGAUUGAGAAUGUUUUGAUACAAACGGUUGCCGGUGCAGUGGGAACGAUGCCACUUGGAUGCGGAUUUGUUGGCGUCAUCCCUGCUCUGGAGUUUCUGUUGAAGCCUGGCGAAGAUGGACCUGAAGGCGAUGGCGGAGAAGGCGAAGGAGGUCCUUUGAAACUCGGCUUCUGGAAGUUGGUCAUCUGGAGUCUGGGAGUUUGUCUCUUUGGGGUGGUGUUUGCGGUUCCACUACGAAAAGAGGUCAUCGUCCGAGAGAAGUUGCGGUUUCCGAGUGGUACCGCCUCGGCAUUGAUGCUCAAGGUCUUGCAUGGUUCCGGUAGCAAAGAAAAGACCAUAGCACCAGAGAAUGCCCGUGCGGGGAUUCUGAAUACAGAGUCCGAGCCUGCUAGUCAAUGGCAAGAAGACUCACGCCUCUUGAAAGAUGGCGAUGCCGAAGAUCAAGCUUCCAAGGAGCAAGAUUGGCGCUCGAAGAUGCGCCUCUUGGUUGGAGCGUUUACAUUGUCGGGUACUCUUUUCUCUUACUUCGUCCCUAUAGUCCGUGAUAUCCCUCUGUUUGGCGCGAGCAUGAAGCGCAACUGGCUAUGGACACUUAACCCGUCACCCGCAUACAUCGGUCAAGGUAUCAUUAUGGGCCCAUCAACGUGCAUGCAUAUGCUUUUCGGGGCAGUCUUAGGGUGGGGCGUCCUAUCACCGCUGGCCAAGACCCGCGGCUGGGCUCCCGGUCCGGUGGAUAGCUGGGAGGAAGAGGGCAGCAAAGCGUGGAUUGUCUGGAUCUCGCUAGCUAUUAUGCUUGCCGAUUCGCUUGUUAGUCUUGGUUGGCUGGUGGUCAAGCCCAUCAUGAAUAACUCUCCAAGAUGGAUAGCAUGGGUCCGAUCCACUCGCGCUGGUCAGUGGAUUGCACUUCGACUGCAAUCUUCUCAGCACUCUUAUAUCAACUACUCCGCUUUGGAGUCAGAGUCUCAUCUUUUAUCUCAUGAAAACGAUGACCUCCACAACACACAGAUAACUACAAGCGAAGAAGAGGAAGAGGAAGAUGCACCGCCAUCUCAACUCAUCUCAACUCGCACAGUGGUGAUUCUGCUUCCCCUGACCCUCCUUCUGAAUGUCGUAUGCAUGCACUUUGCCUUCGGUGACAUCAUUUCCCCCUUUCUAUCGACAUUAGCGACUCUGCUGGCAGUGCUCCUGUCCAUUAUGGGUGUCCGGGCUCUUGGCGAGACUGACCUCAAUCCAGUUUCGGGUAUCAGCAAGCUGACACAACUUCUCUUUUCACUUGCCACGCCAGCGUCCCAUUACUCCAGACGCACUGCACUUGUGACCAACCUGCUCGCGGGUGCAGUGUCAGAGUCAGGAGCUCUGCAAGCCGGUGAUAUGAUGCAAGAUUUAAAGACCGGUCAUCUCCUCGGUGCAAGCCCCAAGGCCCAGUUCUAUGGGCAGAUAAUCGGUAGUAUUGUGGGCGCAGUUCUAUCAACUGCUGUAUACAAAUUGUACGUGAACGUCUACGAGGUACCGGGCGAAAUGUUCCAGACACCUACCGCGUAUGUCUGGAUUUUCACUGCUCGUCUUGUGACUGGUCAAGGGCUGCCCAUAAUGGCUGGACAAGCAUCUUUCAUUGCUGGUAUCGUGUGGGCAUUCCUUACCGCACUGAGGAUCGCAGCUGCGUCCCCUUCCUUUGCACGCAACGGGAAACCCCCUGCUUGGAGAGCUUGGAUUCCCGGCGGUAUUGCAGUUGCCGUUGGUAUCUUUAAUGAGCCUUCAUUUACCCUAGCGAGAGCUAUUGGUGGUAUUAUUGCAUGGUGGUGGUCGCGCAAGCACUCCAAAUCAAGGGCCAAUCACCAAAUCCCCAAUGGAGAUUCCACUAGCAUGGGAUCUCCUACAGAUGCUGAACUGCCUGUUGGGCAAAGAGUAUCAACAUCAACCGAGCAGACAUCUGAAAAAGAAGAUGCCGCCUCGUCGACUAUCGUUGUCCUUGCAUCCGGCCUCAUUUUGGGUGAAGGUAUCAUGAGCAUUGUGAAUCUUCUUCUUGCAAGUGCACGCGUUCCACAUCUCGGAUCAGGAAAAGGAUGA